AAGAUGAGGUGCAAAGGUUGGAUUAUUCAUGAAUAACGAAAAGGUCGGACUAUUAAAAGAAGACCACUAAAAGGUUGGAUUAUUAGUUUCCAUUUUCCCAAGAACUUUUUACAAAGAAAAUUACACAGAAUUUUUACUUUAUUUUUUUUUUUAAAUUUGGGAUGGACCAAAACCUAGAUUGACCUCCCCCCUCUAGCUCCACCCAUGUUGCUCUCCUUCUCUCUCGUCAGCUCUCAUUGCUAUCUUGUCGGCUUCUUCUUUUAUUUGCUAUUAGUCCAUCUUUAUUAUAUCAAGAGAAGAAGAAUAAAAUAAAACAGAGCAAAAAGGAGUUGGCGGGAUAGUAGAGAGAGUAGAAGGGAAAAAUAUAAGAUGUAAAGCACAGAGAAGGGAUGACUUAGACUACAACUAUAUAAUACAAACAUGUAGUUUGGCCAGAUCAGCUAUUUUAACGUUCUAACAGAAAAAUGUACUUGAUCGACUACAAAAAUACAAGUUGAUGUACUUUAAAGUUUCAAAUGCAAGAUAAAGUACUAUUUACUCUCGUCGAAACAACUUCAUGUACCAUUUUUACGAUUUUCUCGUAUAGAAUUGCCCUUUUUGAAUUGAUGUUUCAUUGUCCAUGUUUGUGGGAUUUAAAGGGCUCACCGGAAUGGAACCGGAUCCGCUGCCAUAAGGCAGAGUGCCUUGCGGCAUCCGACGGAAGGGAGGCGAUGAGGAGGACCUUGAGAUCAGCGAAGGGGUGGAGCCCAAGAUCUUCGGACGUCGAAUUCAUGACCGAACGGCUCGUAAGAGUCGGGCACUCUGCCUUGCUUUAAAGUAAAGGAGAGGCUCUGGAUCCCACCAGAAGUCCGAAAUGGUCCAUUUUACUUUUCCAAAUGAGGCUUUCCAAAUGGCGUCUGGCAAGUUAGUUGGGUCGAUGCAAUUAAGAUGGGUAUCAUUUCACCAGCAGGCUGCUCCCUAAUGUCAAUAAGAGCCACUUUGUAAAUAUGGCCGCCAACACAACUUUUUCACUGCGAUCUAUCCUUGAGAAGGAAAAACUUAAUGGAACAAAUUACAUGGACUGGGAUAGGAAUCUGAGAAUCGUUCUCAAACAAGAGCGUAAAGAAUAUGUCCUUGACCAACCAAUUCCUGCUGAACCAGCGGCCAAUGCUGCUAGAGCCAUUAGAGAUGCUUAUGAAAGGCAUGUCCGUGAUGAAGUUGAUGUCACUUGUCUGAUGUUAACUAUCAUGGAAGCUAAUCUUCAGAAACAGUUUCUGAAUCGUCGUGCACAUGACAUCUCUAAUGAACUCAAGAACGUGUUUCAGAAGCAAGCACGGAUCGAAAGGUUCGAGACGACCAAAGCUUUGUUUCACACAAGGCUUACUGAUGGAAACUCGGUUGGACCUCACGUGCUCAAGAUGAUUGGGCUUAGGGAUCACCUGGAAAGACUUGGAUCUCCAAUUAGUCAAGAGUUGGCUACUGAUGUGAUUCUCGCAUCACUCACUCCGGCAUAUGACCAGUUCAUCAUGAACUAUAAUAUGCAUGGUCUUGAGAAGACCUUAACCGAAUUGCAUGGAAUGCUCAACUCUGCUGAGCAAAACAUCAAGAAAAAUCGGAGUGACAUUUUGAUGGUCAAAAAGGGGAAGGGAUUCAAGAAGCAUGGUAAUGUUAAGGUUGGUGGAAACAAGAAAUCCAAAACCCUGGUUAAGAACUCGGGUAAAAGCAAAUCGGUUGUUGGCUCCUCUUCUAAAGAAGAGCAAAAAUGUUUCCACUGCAACAAAACUGGUCAUUGGAAGCGGAAUUGCAAGACAUAUUUGGAGGAACUGAAAAAGAAGGGGCAUGGUGAUGCUUCCAAUUCAGGGACUAACAAGGAGUAGAAGGCUGGCUAAAGGUGAAGUUGACCUACGAGUAGGCAAUGGUGCAAAAGUUGCAGCAUUAGCAAUAGGGACAUUUACUUUGAAUUUGCCCACGGGCUUAGUUUUAGAACUUGAUAAUUGUUAUCAUGUACCUGCCAUUAGCAGGAAUAUUAUUUCUGUUUCUUGUUUGCACAAGAAAGGAUUUCAUUUUAUAAUAAAGAACAACACUUGUUCUAUUUAUUUUAAUGAGAUCUUUUAUGGUAGUGCCAGUCUCAUAAAUGGACUUUAUGUUCUAAACC